AUUACAGCAAUUACAAGAUUACAGCAAUUACAAGAUUGCAGCAAUUACAAAAUUACAACAAUUGCAAGAUUACAGCAAUUACAAGAUUACAGCAAUUACAAGAUUACAAGGAUUACAAGAUUACAACAAUUACAAGAUUACAACAAUUACAAGAUUACACAAUUACAAGAUUACAACAAUUACAAGAUUACAGCAAUUACAAGAUUACAGCAAUUACAAGAUUACAACAAUUACAAGAUUACAGCAAUUACAAGAUUACAGCAAUUACAAGAUUACAAGGAUUACAAGAUUACAGCAAUUACAAGAUUACAAGAUUACAAGGAUUACAAGAUUACAACAAUUACAAGAUUACAGCGAUUACAAGAUUACAAGGAUUACAAGAUUACAGCAAUUACAAGAUUACAGCAAUUACAAGAUUACAAGGAUUACAAGAUUACAGCAAUUACAAGAUUACAGCAAUUACAAGGUUACAGCAAUUACAAGAUUACAAGGAUUACAAGAUUACAGCAAUUACAAGAUUACAAGGAUUACAAGAUUACAGCAAUUACAAGAUUACAAGGAUUACAAGAUUACAAGGAUUACAAGAUUACAAGGAUUACAAGAUUACAAGGAUUACAAGAUUACAGCAAUUACAAGAUUACAGCAAUUACAAGAUUACAGCAAUUACAAGAUUACAAAGAUUACAAGAUUACAAGGAUUACAAAGAUUACAAGAUUACAAGAAUUAGAAAAUUAG